AGCAAUCAAUCACAAUAGCUUUUGAACGCCCCAACCUCAAUCUCAACAUCAGUUCACACGUAUAUCCGCAUCACUUAAUCCCGAUUCGCCUGCCACAACUGCAGCCAUGACGACACUUCAGUAUGGUCUUCUAGAUGAGCGCGAGGAGCAAGAAUUACAUAAGACCCGCCUCCUUAAUGUGGAAGACAAGCCCUUCAAGCGCGUCACCAAACGCCUGAUUGCACCAGGCGCCUUCACCAACCCCAAGCUCAAUAUUCUGCCUACACCUCCGCCCGAAGCAGCAGAUGGAAGCAGUCAUGAUGAUGCUGCCUCAUCGCCGACCAACUCCGCUUCCGCCACCACCACAAACGUGACCGCCCUCAAGGAAGACAUCACGCUCGACUUCGCCGCCUUCGACUCCGCCAUUGCGCGCCUGCAAUUCCUAGCAACAGCCAACGCGGCGGAGCGCGAGCGCUACGCCGCGGACCGGCUGCGCAUCCUCGAGACGAUGGACUCGGUGCGCAACAACAACGCGGCGCUGCGGGUGCAGCUGGACGAGGCCAAGGCGACGCUGGCGCAGCGCAAGAAGUUCGACGAGCUGGCCGACAAGAUCACGAGCAACAGGAUGCUGCGCACGCGCGCCGAGCAGCACGUGAGCCUGGCUAAAUUGCAGGAGGAGUGCGAGGAGCUCGCGAAGGAGAGCCAGACGUACAGCGGCACGUGGCGCGAGAGGAAGGAGCAGUUCGACAAGCUGGUCGAAGAGGGUGUGCACCUGCGCAAAAUUAUCCGUGAUGAGAAGGAGGAGGUUGAGAGACGAGAGGGCAUGGAUGAGGAUGGCGAGGAUGAUGCAGGGACACCUAGCAAGGAGCAGAGUGGGAAUGGUACACCUAGACCUGGAAGCAGUUCGGGUCGGACGCCAAGGCCGGAUAGCCCAUCUGGCGGCGAGGGUCUGAAGGCACGGCCAGAUCCAGCUGAGGGGUUCUCGCGAUCAGGCAGUCAAGCACCGAGUCUGCGGGCUGGAAGCAGCCCGAAACCUAUGAGUCCUGGAGCUGGAAGUCAGGCACAGAGGGAAGAGCCGGAGGAGGGUGAGGACGUGGAGAUGGGCGAGUCGACGCAAGCUGUCGAUACACCUAUGGCUGGCGGUACUUCAGAAGACACUCCUCAGAUCACGGUGGACGCACCCGCAGUCGAAGGGGAAAAGGAAGGGGACAAGAUGGAUAUCACUUGAGCUCGGAUGAAUGCCAAUAAUCAGAGACUAGGACUUUCCAAGAGGUGAUAACCCCUAAUUGAUUGUGGUGUAGGGGGGCAGGGCGGUGUUCGGGCAACGGCGAUGCUUGGCGAGCUCAAAUAAGCAAGGAAGACGGCAAGAAUAAUCAUAGCUAUACCCAAAUGCAAAGAGGAAUAUCAUCGCGGCCAGUUGCCUCUGCUAUAAACACUUUGCCCUCCCAUGUCCUUUAAUCCGACGCCGAAUGGUAUCAUCUCAUCUCAUCUCAUCUCAU